AUGGAGGAGCACGCCACUGCGUCCUCGUCGACGUCGUCGCUCGGUGCGCCGCGUCGGUUGCCCGCAUACUUCCCAUCGACGACCGACAAGCCUGCCUCGCUUCCGCGCGCGUAUCUCAACGGCACGCAAGACAUGCUGCAGCUCUUCGGACUCAUGCCCAUCUACGACCGGGCUGUACGGCCGUACAAUCCAGACACGAUCAAGGCGGAAGCAGCCGCCGCCGCAGCCACUGACGCUCCCGCCGAAGCAUCCACCUCGAAAGGCGUCAAUGCACGUUCGGGCGCAGGGUCGACUCGCAUACCUGCAGGAGCGGCUGCGGGGGCAGCAUCGUCGCCUGCACCUGGCGUAGCCUCUGCUGCCUCUGCCACGCCGUCGGGCAGCAUACGGCCUGCGACUGGCUCCAACAGUGCUGUUGCGGGCAUGCAAAAUCCGCCCUCGCAUCCUUCAUCCGGCACGGGCCGGAUCUCGACGCCCGCGUUGCAUCUCAACGGUGGAGCAUCGACAUUCGCACUGCACACGGAUUCGUCCGCGAUCCUUGCGGCUUCUCCUGGUCAGAUUGCGGCUUCGGCUGCAGCGGCACCGCCGGCACGUCGACCCACCAAACCGCCACCGACGUAUGCGCACUAUGUCGACGAUCUCGCCGGUCGCGUCCGCCCCCCUCGCAAGGGCACCAAAGCUGCCCGCACCCAAAAAGGCGAUUCACUCCUGUCCAUCCUCUUCAAGCCCGAAUACACCCCGCAGAGGAUCGUACCGCUGGAUAGAGAGACGAUGACCGCCGCAUUCACCGUCCAACCAGGUCCUGUGGCAGAGAUCGACCUCGCGCUGCUCGAGCCCGACGACGAAGAAGCACCUAGGCCCAGGAAGAAGAAGAAGAAGCUCAAGCAGGAACCAUCAGCCACCAUGCAUGCCAGCUCAGGUCCUCCUUCGGCUGCACGAACACCUUCCCGACGCUAA